GACGUUCGCUCACAUGUAGAAGAAACAUCAGCAGCCACCUUCAACCAAUUCAUCCUGCAGUGACUCAGGGGGGGGGUCCCGGCAACAUGCUUCUGUCUGUGGCAGCAGUUCUCACACUCUUCUCCUGCACCUGUGCAGAAAACCCUGCAAUACAAGUCAUCCUGACCAACAAAGGGCUUCAGUAUGGGAAACACGCAGUGACAGACUGGAUUCAGGGGAUGUUGGAGUUCAUCACCCUCCCUGACUUCAAUGGUCACGUAGGCUGUGUGGUCAACAUACACUACACACUGACCGGCACCAGUAUAAAGAAGUGUGACCUUCCAGAGCCGUCUACUGAGUUCUAUCCCGAUUCCUCAGGAUUCAAGACGUCACUGUCAGGCCUCAAUGUUGCAUUGUACGGACAGUGGAGGACAUGCCUCGGUAUAUUUCAUGACAAGGGGACGUUCGACAUGGCUGUGUAUGGGGUGAGUGUGAUCUCUGUGGUGGAGCUGGGGAAAGAUGCUGGUGGCCGUUUGUCUGUGACCAGUGUGAGCUGUGACGCUCAAGUUGGACGUGUAGACGUCAGAUUAUAUGGUGGAUCCAGCUGGAUGUUCCGGUUCUUUCAGAAGCUUUUCAGGAGACAAAUCAGGAGAGAAAUCGAGAUCAGAAUUUGCCCCAAUGUGGAGGAAUCGAUUGUAAAGUUAGAGCGAUACCUACAGGCCAUGAACGUUUCCUUCGAUGUGGGUCAGGCUCUCACUUUGAACCUCUCUCUCACCGGUUCACCUGUUAUCAAUGUUUCAAGUCUGAAUCUAGGUCUCAAGGGUGAGUUCUACAGCAUCAAAACUCACGCAGAGCCUCCGUUUGAAGCUCAGCCUUUCACCGUGCCUGAGCAGCAGGGCUACAUGUUGUCACUGGGCCUGUCGGACUUCACUGUGAACUCUGUCUUGUAUGGAUACUACUCAGCCAGAAUGUUUCAGACCCUCAUCAACGACAGCAAUAUCCCUCCUGGUUUUCCCCUGCACCUGAAUACCAGCCUGAUGGGACCAUACAUCCCUCAGCUUCCCAAGAUGUUUCCAGGUCUGCUGAUGAACCUGCAGGUUAAUGCCACAGAGGUUCCGAUGUUUUCCUUCCAGCCUGAUGCUGUUAACCUGCACAUCCAGGGCACCAUUGAGGCCUUCGCCAUCCAGCCAAACGCCACAGAGACUCCACUGUUCAAACUCAGUGUUGAGUCAAACUUCAGCAGCACAGUGUGGAUCGCUGAUCAAAGAAUCAAAGGCUCCGUUUCAAUGGACAAUUUCUCACUGACACUGGUGGGAAGUGAAAUCGGAAAAUUUAAGACUGAUGCUUUGGAAAACGUUACAAGGAAAGGAGUAGAGACUGUCCUGGCAGAAGUCAAUGAGGAACUGGCCGUAGGUGUCCUCAUACCCAGAUUGAAACAUGCACAGCUGGUCAACUCAGGUCUGAAGGUGCAGGAGGGAUUCAUCGACCUCUUCUCUGAUGCUGAGGUGUUAACAGACAGAGGCUUCAGCUUACAGACUAACAGAUCUGUGUAACUCUCAACGUCAAGCAGUUCACAGACAAGUUUCUGUAUCUGAUACCACACGACAGAAGCUAGAGCUAAAUGAUUAAGUCGUCUGAACUCCAGUUCUGGAUCUUAGACUGGAAAUGAUAAAUAAUACAACAAUAAAGAAAUGUUACAUACAUAAUUUACACAUGUAAAAAAAAUCAAUUCAAAUCAACUCUGACUGCAAUAAAAAACAAUGUUGCCUACGUAAUGAUGAAUAAGAUUAAAUAUUACUGAA